CGCCCACUUCCCACUUUCCAGCCUUCAACUCAAUUGUUUGGGUCAACCUUUCGCUAAUCUCUCCUGCCCCCCUCCCCCUGAGGAAUGGCAGCUGACGUCAGACUAGGACAUAGCAGUCACCCACGUCGAUCCAUGCUCAUCACCAGCGCACACCACCCAUGCUACAACAAGAUGAACAAAUGCACACAUCCAUUCUAGCAUCGACUGACGGAGAAUCCUUCCGAAUAGACAAAUCCUGCCUUCGGCACCUUGGCAAGCCACCAAAUCUCCAAUCCAGGCACCGCCACUCGCCCUGUUGUGGUACUUUCCAACGUGCCUGGCUGCGAUUCGACAAGCCCGGCGGGUAUCAUAUGCCGGCUUCAGGGGCUGCCUGUUCAGCCCUUUCAUCGCGGACUUUUGCAUGGGUGCGACAAGCGGGGCGCCUCUCAUACACAAACAAACCACGCUCGUGCAGGUUCGCAGCCACAGACAGUUCUUUGUCUUCUAUGCAAUCAAACAGAUCACCAGGUUACGCGUGCAGGAAGAAACUAUGGUUCAGUGAUCUGAUUUGGUGGUACAUCGUACCACCCAUUUUCCAAUCUCGUCAAAGGAAUGAAUAUAUACAUGAGUAGGUAAAUAAGCCAGCGAUCGGUGUUGUUAAAGGAUAGUCAUCUGGUAUCAUGUCGCCAAAGUUUACACAAAAUGACAUCAAGUUAGGCAUCAAUGAGAAAGCAACGAUUGUUCGGGUUGGUAGGU